UUCAACACUACUAUAUAACAAAUAAUUUGAGCAUCCAAGAAACAUGGCGUCAGAAGACAGGGGAUGCUGCGAUAAAUGUGCCAAAUUGUUCAUCAUGAUGAUCAAUAUCGUCAUUGUCAUUGUUGGAGGAGCUAUUCUGGCAGCAGGUAUUUACUGGCAGCUCAGUCCAACAGGAUUCUAUAAGGAAGUCUUCAACCAUAACAUAUUCAACGUCCCGAUCAUAUCUAUCGUAAUUGGAUCUCUGUUGCUUCUUGUGGGACUCUGUGGUUUCAUUGGAGCGUGCUGUGAAGCAAUGUUCCUGCUCAAGGCUUACAUGGGAUUCCUUAUCGUGAUUAUGCUGAUGGAGAUCGUGGUUGCUGUAGGAUGUGUUGCUAUGAAAUCCAGCGUCGAGUCGUACGCUACAACCAGGACUCAGGAGCUGAUUGGUUACUAUGGUGACGAGGAUAAGGACGAAGCUGACAUUAUUAAGGAGACAAUCGACCUGAUCCAGGAAAAUUUCGACUGCUGUGGUGUUGAUGGUCCUAAUGAUUGGUCUAGUUUGAAUGCUGACUUUAAGGAUCAAACUAACGGAGAUAUCGUUCCCAACAGUUGCUGCAAGGAGGCCAACAGAGACGAUGAUACCUGUGGGAGUAAGGCAGACUACCGAACAAACGAUGAAAUUAACUCGGGGGGAUGCAAGACGUCUAUGAUGAACUUUGUUGAGAACAAUAUGCUUUACGUUGGUAUCGUUGCUGGUGUUAUUGUAAUCUUGCAGAUGUGUGGGUUGCUGUACCUCAGCGUUUACGUCCUAAGAUUAGAAGACUCUAGAUUUGAAUACUAUGCACCUCUCGAGGAAUCCUAAGAUCGCCAUUCUGAUUAUGGCCAGUAAGUUCAGAACUACAAUCGAAGACGAAAGCUACGAAAACUUCUAACUCAUUCCAGAAAUGACGUCACGAGAUAACUUCAUGACAUUUUGGUGACGUCACGAGAUAUCUUCAUGACAUUUUGGUGACGCAACUUGACGUUCUGUUCAAACGCGCCACCAAUAAAGUUGUGACAGUUAUCGACACUCCGACUUUGAACUUUGGGAUUUGCAGUUUCAUUUCUCGCCUACAGUUAGCUGUAGUUUUUAACGACUUUUGUAGAUACUAAUUGCACUGUAGUAAUAAUAUGAAUCACCUCAGAUAAUGAUAUGUAGAUAUGAAUGCGAUAUUUUCAGUAUGAUAUAUAUUUAUAAUUACUUUUGAUGGAUAUUUUCUUAUUUUUGCAGUUAUCGAUAACUAUUCUAUUAAGUUUUCGGCUUUAUGUUAAAUGAAAAUUCUUAAAUUUUCGAUAAAAGUCUUUAAUUCCUUAAAGUUAAGAACAAAGAGGGCUAAAAUUAAAUGUGAGAUUCACCUAUGCUAUCACGCUUUUUAUUACUUUAAAAAACAUGAUAUAUCAACAUGAACAAGACGGUGGGACUUUACAAUUUUAUAAUCGUCAUGAUAGCACUUGUUAGCUUCAAUAAUGAGUCCACGAAAUGGUACAAUCAGCAAACUCAACGGUGGAAUUAUUAAGUUACAACCAAGGUCUUUUGCUGGUUUCAUGUUAGUCACAGUUAAUUUGAUUUUUGAACACGUCGGAUACGCUACUCACAAUUCUCAUCCAUUUUGAUUCCAUUUAUUUUAACGUUAAACUUUAGAAGCCCUGUUUAUUCUUCUCUUAUGUUUUAUUUUUAGCUAGUUUCAAUAAAAAGUAUUUGAAAAUAA